AAUGAAUUUGGAAAAAAAUGAGAAUCAAAAUUCUAAUGAUAAUACAGACGAAAUUAAUCAAAUAAUAAAUAAUAUUCAGUCCUUGAAUCAACUAGCUCAACAAUUAAAUCAAUGCGUAGAAAAAAUAGGAGGGCCUUGUAAUGAUGAAAAAAAUCAAAAUUCUUUUUCACAAAUUUUAAUUAAAAGUAAUGAAUUGUCUCAUAAUAUCAAUCAAAUGUUUCAAAAACUUAAUGAAAAUAAUAAUUGUAAUCGUCAACAAAAACUACAAACGGAUAGAUUAAUGGAUCAUUUUGUAGGUGUUCUAAAUCAAUUACAAGCAGCAAAAAGGAGGGCUGCUACUUACGAAAAAUCAAAAAUUCAGAAUGUUUCUGAUCAACAAAUUAAUGAAGAAAUAAUGGAGUUUAAAUUAAAACAACAAACCCAGCAACAACAACAACAAAAUAAUUUGGAAGAAAUAAAAGAAAGACAACAAACAUUAUCGUCAUUAGAAAAAGACAUUGGGGAUAUUAACCAAAUAUUAACUGAUUUAUCUCUAAUGGUUUACAAUCAAAAUGAAGUUGUUGAAACUAUUGAAUCAAAUAUAGAAGUUGCAGCUGUUGAAAUGCAGCAAGGAAAUUUACAAAUAGCUCAAGCAAGUGAAUAUCAAAUAAAAUCAAGAAAAAAGAAAUUAAUUUUGAGUAUUUUUUGUUUUUUAAUUUUGUGUAUAUUUUUAAUUAUUUUUUGGAUUUUAAUUAAAAAAUAAAAUUAUUUUUAUAUUUUAAAUUAAAUAAGUAUUUUUGAAAAGAUGAACGAUAAUUAAAAAUAGCAGGAAUAUCUAAAAAGGUAUUAAUGUUUUUCUAUUAAAAAGGGAAGGAAAACAGGAAAAACUAAAUAUGUAUGUAGAUUAAAUAAAAAUAUCCAAUUUUCGGAGUACCGGGCUAGGAAAUCAAAACCUCCGAAUUUAUA